ACAAAUGCGUCCAAUCACCAAACAUUCUCAUUCCACCAAUUAAAGAAAGCAGAUUACUAAAAAAACUCUGAGGACCAUGGAACUUCACGGAGCUCUAGUGGCUAGUCCGGGUAUGGGACAUGCCGUACCCAUCUUAGAACUCGGUAAACAUCUCCUGAACCAUAACGGUUUCGACCGUAUCACCGUCUUCCUAGUCACAGACGAUAUCUCACGUUCGAAAUCCUUAAUUGGCAAAACGUUAAAGGAAGAAGAUCCAAAAUUUGUGAUCAAGUUUAUUCAACUUGAUGUUUCGGGUCAAGAUCUGAGCGGUUCUCUUUUGACUAAACUAGCAGAGAUGAUGAGGAAGGCAUUACCGGAGAUCAGGUCAGCAGUCAUGGAGUUAGAACCACGGCCUAGGGUUUUUGUAGUUGACUUGUUGGGCACAGAAGCUUUAGUGGUGGCUAAGGAGCUUGAGAUCAUGAGAAAACAUGUUCUGGUUACUACCAGUGCUUGGUUUCUAGCUUUCACGGUUUAUAUGGCGAGUCUUGACAAGCAGGAGUUGUAUAAGCAGUUGAGUAACAUAGGAGCAUUGCUUAUACCCGGAUGCAGCCCGGUUAAGUUUGAGCGGGCUCAAGAUCCGAGUAAAUAUAUUCGGGAACUCACCGAGUCUCAGCGAAUUGGGGCUGAGGUGAUAACCGCAGAUGGGGUCUUUGUGAAUACGUGGCACAGUCUGGAGCAAGUGACGAUCGGGUCUUUCUUGGAUCCAGAGAAUCUCGGUCGGAUUAUGAGAGGAGUGCCGGUUUAUCCUGUUGGACCGCUGGUUAGACCAGCAGAACCGGGUUUGAAACAUGGCGUGCUGGACUGGCUUGACUCACAACCCAAAGAGUCAGUGGUUUAUGUUUCUUUUGGGAGUGGUGGGGCACUAACCGCCGAGCAGACGAACGAGCUGGCUUAUGGUUUGGAGCUGACUGGCCACAGAUUUGUUUGGGUAGUCAGACCACCGGCUGAAGACGACCCAUCUGCAUCAAUGUUCGACAAGACCAAGAAUGAGACAGAACCACUCGAUUUCUUACCCAAAGGGUUUCUAGACCGGACCAAAGACAUCGAUGGGAUUGUAAAGAAGGAAGAGAUAGUUGAAAUGGUGAAGAGAGUGAUGGAUGAAGAAGAAGGAAAAGAGAUGAGAAAGAAUGUUAAGGAACUGAAGAAGACAGCAGGAGAAGCUCUCAAGAAGAGUCACAUUCCAUCUGCUUCCUUCACCUAAAACUAAUUAGCAAAAAAUUGACAAUAUAAUA